CACUGUACCUUUACACUUCCUGAUACAGGAGGAAUAUAUGUGUAUAUGUAGACAGGGGACAUUUUAAACACGGUGUUUAAACCCUAAUGAGUUAAAUACCGAAUAUGUGGCGCUCUGAAAUGUGGAAACACUUCAGUUAAAGUAUCAGAUGUGUUUAUAUGAGGAACAGGAAAGUCUGAAUCUACAGAAAGAGAUAAAGAUGGUGACUGCAAGCAAUGAGUUUAAACUCAGUGGUCCCAGUGGAGAGUUGUAUAAUCACUCUGCUGUCACUCUCUCAUGUCGUCUGUCUCCUGAAAUUAGUGCUGUUGACUUGGAGAUCCGGUGGUUUAAGGGGACAGACUGUGUUUGUGUUUAUAAGAACAGUAAGGUGACAGAGGGGAGAGGUUAUGAGGGCAGAGUGAGUCUGUUCACUCAGGAGCUGGAGAGAGGAAACGUCUCCUUACAGCUGAGAAACUGUACAGAGUCAGAUGAUGGAUAUUACCUCUGUCAGGUCACUGAUGGAGACAGAACAGAAGAGAUUACAGUAUAUAUGAGUAAGUGUUCCAGAUCUCCACACUGUAAAAACUCCACAUCAUCAUCUGUGCUUCUCAUCUCAGUACAUAAACACACUCAGUAUUCAGUGUGAGAUUCAGUAUACAGGCUGCUAAUGUGGAGUGAAGAUCAUUUGAGUUGAAUUAACAGUAACUCUAUUUUUCACUCUUCUACACACUUGCACAAGGGCUUAAAAGCAGCAGCUUGU